UCCUUAGCGACUGACAGCUGCUAUUAGUCGUUGUUAUCUUUUACUGUGUGUAUCAAAACAAAAGUCAAAAUUUCACUGCUGUUCAGUGUUUUCGCCCAAUAAUUAUACAAAUAGUGAUUUUUGCUGCCAGCAAAAUUACCGAAAAUGCAUGAGGCCUACAUAUUAUAUCCACCGGAGAAAAUUCCGGUGCAGAUAGAAUCAAUGACGGGAUUCGAAAACAAGUUAAUCCUGGGAACGCGCCAGGGACAUCUCUUGAUGUAUUCAUUCGAACCCAAUCCGGACACGAAUCGGUUGAAUUUGCAGCUGCUGCAGUACGAUAAAAACUUCAGCAAAAAACCGGUCACCCAAAUCGAAGCCAUUUCGGAGUAUAAACUAAUCUUCAGCCUGUCGGACGGUAUCGUCAAUGUGAACGACUACAGCCGGCACGGCUUUCCGCUGAUACACACGGCCCAGAAGACGAAGGGCGCCACGGAAUUUGCACUGGACAUUAAGAAAUCGAAAUCACUAACUGGCGAGCUGGCGUUGGUCUGUCGGCUGUGCGUGGUAGUCAAGCGGAAGUUGCAAUGUUAUUACUGGAAGCAGAACGGAUUGCUCGAGUUUGGCAACGAUAUUGAUUUGAAUGACGUUCCGAAGACGAUUGCCUGGAACAAUAACUGCAUCUGUGUCGGCUUCAAGACUGAGUAUGUGAUAUACGAUAUUUCAGGAGAACAAUCAAAGAAAAUCGAUUUAUUCCCUACGUCUUCAUCGAAGUCUAUAGAGCCCUGCAUUUCUCUGAUCGAGGAUGGUGUCUUUGCGGUUGCCAAAGACGAGUACCUAGUGACUGUAUACACGGAGAAGUACACAAACGAAGGAAAAGAAUCUGGAAGUGGAUUGGUUAAGCCGGAUGCUUCGUUGUUGACGACGAAGGACACUCGUAAUUUAAAAUCAUUAACUUGGAGCGAACCGUUUCAAGCUCUAGUUUGGGAUGAACCGUUCAUAGUUGGUCUUAUAACGGACGCUGUAGAAGUGAGGAUAUUUGACCAUGUUGAUAUGUCCGACAAGGGGACGUUAAUUCAAACCAUACCGCAGCUGCCGAAAGCUCGCUUUUUAACACGUGGCAAGCAAGGGCUGCUGUACGCAGCUUCCGCUUCCCAUUUGUGGUGUAUCCAGGCUGUUGAAAUCUCCAAGCAACGUGAACAUCUCCUCCAAGAGGAGAACUUUCAUUUGGCGCUCCAGUUAACGAACAUUUCCGACGAAAGUCCAGAGUUCAAAGUCACUAAGAUUAACGAAAUCCAGACCCGGCAUGCUUACAACCUGUUCAUAAAUAAACACUUUCGCGAAUCGAUGAAGGAAUUUUCAAAGUUGAGCACCGAUCCAAUUGAUGUUAUAAGGCUGUUCCCGGACUUACUACCGGAAAAUGGCAAGAAUAAAUUGAGUUCGUACUCAAAAAAACCAGCCCCGAUAUUGGACGAGAAAGACAUCGAAAACGGCCUGCUCGCAUUGAUCGAUUACCUAACGGAGGUGCGGUACAGCUUACGCCAAGAUUUAGUCAACAAAUCGGAAUCGAAACUCUCAGCGGGGAAAAAUAUCUCCGCGUUGCUUUCCAUCAUCGAUACAACCCUACUCAAAUGCUACCUCCAAACGAACGAUUCAAUGGUAGCUUCGGUAUUGCGAAUGAACUACUGCUAUCUGGAAGAGUCGGAGCGAGUAUUGAAAAAGUACGACAAAUACGUCGAACUGAUCAUUUUGUAUCAAACCAAGGGCCAACACAAGCGAGCGCUGCAGCUGCUGCAAGCGCAAGCCGAGACGCCUGGUUCUCCACUGUACGGACACGACCGAACCGUCCAAUACCUGCAGCACUUAGGGAACGAGAAUAAGCAGCUUAUUUUUGAGUUCGCCGGAUGGGUGCUGGAAAAGCACCCAGAUGAUGGGUUGAAAAUAUUCAUUGAAGACAUACCGGAAGUUGAGAACAUGCCACGUGCGGAAGUGUUGGAUUUUCUGUUGAAGGACCACAAGCAGCUGGUGGUUCAAUAUCUAGAACAUAUUAUCAACGUUUGGGACGAGCAAAAGGCGCUGUUUCAUAACAUCCUUAUUCAGCAGUAUCGUGAAAAGCUGCUGGGGCUUAAAAAUGACCCUGAUAUUGAGUCGGAUGUUCAGAAGAAAACGGCUCGUGAUACUAUUAACAAGAAGCUGUUAGCUUUUUUGCGGAAAUCUAAGUACUAUCACGCAGAAAAGGUGCUUGGAGAAUUUCCGUACACGGAUCUGUUCGAAGCUCGGGCCAUAAUACUUGGCCGGCUAGGAAAGCACGAAAAAGUGGUAGCAAUUUUCGUGCAAAUUCUGGGUGACUUCGACAAAGCCGUCGACUAUUGCGACCAGACGUACGACGAGAACGAUCCGAAGAGCUGCGAUGUGUACGUGACGCUAAUCAAAACGAUUCUCACGCCUCCGGUGGCACCACCGUACAGUGAUCUAGAGUUACAUCCACGCUGCCUGAAGCCGGACAUCGAAACCGUCCUCACCAUCAUGGAGCGCAACGCUAAAAAAAUCAACCCGUACGCUGUGCUGCAGAUCCUGCCCGACGACAUUCCAUUGGUGCGCAUCAAAAGCUUCCUGGAAAUUGCACUGAACCAUCAUUUGGAGAGGAAGCGGAAGACGCAGAUUCUGAAAGGCCUCUAUUAUGCUGAGCAUCUGCAGACCCACGAGCAGAAGAUUCACUACGAAUCGAAACAUCUGCUCGUGACCGAACUGAGCGUUUGUCCGGUGUGUAAGAAAAAGUUUAGCUAUCAGAGUGCGUUCGUGCGUACAGCCGAGGGAAGCAUUGUGCACUUUUCCUGUCAGGAUAAAAUUUAACGGUGAACAAUCGUUAUUCAUUAGCUGACGAAUCGAUACAAUUUGCAAAGACCCAAGGUAUCCAGCUCAUCAACGCCACUUGAAGAACGAAAGUGGCCCAAGAAUUACGAUCUAGAACAAUAUGCCAGAGGCGGGCAAACUGGGGAACUAUUUUUGCGAGAUUAUCAUAUCCCCGACCCCACAGAUAAAAAAUACGUAAAACAAAACCUUCUCUCUAUUUCAGUGGUUCUUAACCUGGGGUACGCGUACCCCUAGGGGUACGCGAGAGCCUCCAGGGGGUACGCGAGAGAAAAAUCAGUAAUGGCGGACAAAGCAUUUUUUUUUAAUAAUACUUUAUUGUUCAUCAUUCUUCUUAAAACAUGACUGUAGCCAUCAAACAAAUCACAGUUCAAUUUUAAACCUAAACUUCUACCACAACAUGAUCCAGUACUACUCUCUCCCACUCUCCCACAUUCCAAGCCCGGGGGUACAAUUGAUUUGAAAAAUAUCUCCAAGGGGUACGCAAACAAAAAAAGGUUGAGAACCGCUGCUCUAUUUGAACGUCAAAUUCAUUGUUUAAUUGCGCACAACGCUAGUGUUAACAUCGUUGCUACAAACGAGACUUGAAUGAACAAAUGAAUGAUCUAAAGGAAUAAGUAACGAAAAGUAUCACAAAAAUAAUAUUCUAAAGAGACUUGUGAACUUCAUGCGAAAACCACUGUUCGAUGAAGCACUCACCAAGGGAAACACAACACCAGGACAAGCCACACAACUCUUAGUCAAAUUCAAUGAACAACGUAGAAACAAGAAACUUGUUACAAUAGUUCUAAAAAAGUACGGAAACAGGCGAACAACCAGUCGACUUCCAAACGGAUCCUCUCUACA